AUGCAGCAAGAAGGGCAAGAAGUCUGGGGUUACGGACAGGGCCCGAAGACUGUCUGGACGACAGAAAUGGUGUCUACGUUGCUGGACAAGCACUGCGACGACUUCGCUGCAAGUUUCGAGCUGCACCGGUCGGCAGCCCAGCUGUCCAUCAUCUGGGGGAAAAUCGCUCUUGCGAUCAACAUACGGCUGGCCGAGCAAGCCACCGGCAAUGAAGUGGAUGUGCUGUACCCGCCAUAUUGGGACGAUAUGGUCACGGCGUUGGGAAACAAGGCCGGACUGGGCCACAUCGGCUACGCGUUUGACGGCAGCGGUCCGAAUGAACAGUGGCAGAAGCAAUGCAGAUGGUGA